AGUCGGGUGCAUGAUGACGGCGCCCAUUAUUUGAACCCAUGCGGAAUCUCCAAUGCCGAACGAACCUCGUGUCCUCGUCCAAGUUGGGGUUCGCCUUCGAUCGGAGACGAUAAGGGAAGAGCAGCCAAGGAGGACGAUAGAGGAGGAAGGAACGAAGUCGAAAUGAGUCCUCUCUGGGCUUCCAGCUUGAUUUUCUUCUCCUUGUUCGUGGGAUCUCACGGGAGGGUUCUCUAUCAGCUACCCAGCAAACAACAGGACAAAGCAAAAAGACCCUUGCAGACAUCGAGGCCUUACAACAUUGCUCAUCGUGGAUCGAAUGGAGAGAUUCCUGAAGAAACAGCUGCUGCUUAUAUGAGAGCUAUUGAAGAAGGCGCUGACUUCAUAGAAUCAGAUAUUCUUGCAACUAAAGAUGGUCAAUUGAUAUGCUUUCAUGAUAUGACACUCGAUGCUACAACUGAUAUUGCCAAUCAUUCGAAGUUUGCUAAUCGCAAAAGAACCUAUGAAGUUGAAGGGUCUAACAUGACUGGCUAUUUUGUGGUGGAUUUCACCCUUGCUGAACUUAAAUCAUUAGGGGUGAAGCAGAGGUAUCCAUUCCGAGAUCAACAAUACAAUGGAAAAUUCUCAAUUAUCACAUUUGAGGAGUUUAUUGCCAUUGCGCUUGAUGCCAACAGAAUUGUUGGGAUAUACCCAGAGAUUAAGGAUCCAGUUUUCAUCAACCAGCGAGUCAAAUGGCCCAAGGGAAAGAAAUUCGAGGACAAGUUCGUAGAGACUCUACAGAAGUAUGGAUAUAGAGGUGCAUACAUGUCAACUGAAUGGCUAAAGCAACCAGUGUUCAUUCAAUCUUUUGCUCCAACUUCUCUAGUAUACAUUUCGAAUCUGACAGACUCUCCAAAAAUAUUCCUCAUUGAUGAUUUCGUCACACGAACAAAAGAUACAAAUCAGUCAUUCUGGGAUAUUACUUCAGACAGCUAUCUCGAAUAUAUCAGAAACUAUGUUGUCGGUAUCGGGCCUUGGAAAGACACUAUCGUUCCUACGCAAAACAAAUAUUUGACUACACCUACUGAUCUUGUUGAAAGAGCCCAUGCAUACAACCUUCAGGUACACACAUACACGUACAGGAACGAAAACUCUUACUUACACUUUGAUUUCCAUCAAGAUCCUUAUGCUGAGUAUCAGUACUGGAUCGACAAGAUUGGAGUGGAUGGAUUGUUUACUGACUUCACUGGGAGUCUCCAUCUGUAUCAAGAGUGGGCAUCUGCAUCUGGGACAAACGAAGCAAGUGCAUUUGGCUUAUUGCAUAAGAUUUCACUCAUGAUCUCCUCUUUCAAAGGAAAAGAAUGAAGAUAAAUCGUGUUCUAUCAUGCAUCAAGCUUAUUUACCCUGGACUCGUUCUACGAUUUUCUUAGAAGUAAAGUUCAUUCCAAGACGUGUCUGAAAAACAAGUUCUAGAAGGUUGUUUUUGAUUAUUUGGCUGAAUUUUUCGACAAAAGUGUGUUGUGUGGUUGGCUGCCAGUUCAAAUAAAGCGAUCGGAGAUGCAUUAAGUAUUGAUUUACAAA